ACGUCAAUUCAGCACUGGGAAGGAGACAGCUCCCUCCCCACCCCCUAAAAAACCCAGCGCGCGCCUCACGUUGCAUGGGUCCCCGGUUCAUGAUAGCGCCGUUUACCCGCUGGGAUCCGUCCCAGUAACGUGAAAACACUCGUGGGCACCGUCGCUGGGAACCGGAGAGGCUGCCCGGAACGGAGGAAAACAACAACCAGCUCGCCGAGGCGGACAAAUACAAAGCCGAGCCCACCCUCUCACUUGACAACGCGACAUCAACCAAGGCAGAAAGGCAUUUUCCUCAUCUCUCGCUCCUCCAUCCUCCCUAACCUGCGGUGUUGGGGAAACCCCUGAUGAGUGGGACCUGUAUCCAUGAGCCCCGCGCCCCUUCCCCUUCCCUGUCAGGCUUCAGCACUCCCAUCUCAGAACCCCCCUAUCGGAGACUCGAUGGAGACACCCCUGCCUGCACCCCCGAAACGGACCUGACCCCCACACAGUGUGUGCUUCGUAACGUACUGUCUAUUGAACCCACCGUACACGGAGGGCCGGGCGGCAGCAGCCCGAGUCCCAGUGACGGAUGCACAGCCCACUUCGACAACAGUGUGCUAAAACUCCACGAACAUGAGGCCUGCCAGUGUGGCAGCAGUGGCGGGGCUGAGGCGGGCCACAGUCCGGAGGCUGGAGCCGUCCGGAGCCAGGCGGAGAACAUUAGGCUCCAGUCAGGGAGUGGAGGGUUUUUGGAGGGACUAUUUGGCUGCCUGAAGCCAGUCUGGACCAUGAUUGGAAAAGCCUACUCCACUGAACACAAACAUAACCAUGAAGAGUCCUGGGAGGUUCCCUUCGAGGAAAUCUCGGACCUGCAGUGGGUGGGCAGCGGGGCGCAGGGGGCCGUCUUCCUCGGGAAGCUUCACGGGGAAGACGUGGCUGUGAAGAAAGUGCGGGACAUCAAGGAGACCGAGAUCAAACAUCUGCGCAAACUCAAGCACCCAAACAUCAUCACCUUCAAAGGUGUAUGCACCCAGGCUCCCUGUUACUGUAUCCUGAUGGAAUACUGCGCCCAAGGCCAGCUGUAUGAGGUGCUGAGGGCGGGCCGUAAAAUCACCCCUUCCCUCCUGGUCGAAUGGUCCAUGGGCAUCGCGGGGGGCAUGAACUACUUACACCUCCACAAAAUCAUCCACCGAGACCUCAAAUCCCCAAACAUGCUGAUCACACACGAUGACAUGGUCAAGAUUUCUGACUUCGGCACCUCAAAGGAGCUCAGCGACAAGAGCACUAAGAUGUCGUUUGCCGGCACUGUGGCCUGGAUGGCUCCUGAAGUCAUUCGGAAUGAGCCGGUGUCGGAAAAAGUGGAUAUCUGGUCCUUCGGAGUGGUGCUGUGGGAGAUGCUAACGGGGGAGAUUCCUUACAAAGAUGUGGAUUCUUCUGCCAUCAUCUGGGGCGUGGGAAACAACAGCCUGCAGCUGCCCGUCCCUGAGAGCUGCCCCGAUGGCUUCAAGAUACUCCUCAGACAGUGCUGGAACUGCAAGCCCAGAAAUAGGCCCUCUUUCCGACAGAUCCUCCUUCAUCUGGAUAUAGCGUCAGCUGAUGUGCUCUCCACCCCACAGGAAACAUACUUUAAGUCUCAGGCUGAAUGGAGAGAGGAGGUGAAGCAGCACUUUGAGAAGAUUAAAUCCGAGGGCACUUGUCUCCAUCGGCUCGACGAGGAACUGAUUAACCGCCGCAGGGAGGAGCUCAGGCAUGCUUUGGACAUUCGUGAACACUACGAGAGGAAACUGGAGAGGGCCAAUAAUCUUUACAUGGAGCUCAGUGCUGUGAUGCUGCAGCUGGAGCUUAAAGAGAAAGAACUGCAGCGGAGAGAGCAGUCGUUGGAUAAAAAGUAUCCUGGUCUGUUCAAACACCACAGCUCCAGACAGAGCAGCUCCUCCAACUCCAUGGACAAGCUCAUCAAAAAGAGAAACGUCCCACAGAAGCUGCCCUCUGGAAAGAGGCCAGACAUCCUGAAGUCUGAGGUAAUCCUUCCCAAAAUGGAUUCCUCGGUGAUGCAAGUCACUAUCCCAGCCUGCCCCAACAGGAGCUCCACUUCUCCCAGCCGGUCUCGGAGAGUAAAGACCCGCCAUCGCAAGCCCGGCAAGGGCAGCAGCGGGGACCUGGCAGGUCUCAAGGCGAACCAGUCGUCCUCCAACAGGGAGACAACGGCGCAGGCCAACAACGCCGCCACCGCCAACAACUCCAAGCAGCUCCUGGAACCGGCGGCGGCCCUGCGGGGUCUCAGCCACGAGCAGCAGCAGCAGAGGCAGCUGUCGUCCUCCAGCCCCGACCUCAUCUGCACCACGCUGGAGGCCGAGGGCCAGGGGAAAAGGGAGCCCUCGGCGAGUGGGCUGGAGAGAGGGGGCAGCCUGAGCGCCUCCGCUGGGUUAGGGGGUUCGGAGGGAGGGGCAGCGGGCAUGGAUGACCUCACGGAAACCCCUCCGCGCAGCGACACUCCCAGCGAGGACGCCGCGUCGUUCCCGUUCUCCAGCAGCCCGGACUCGCCGUGUGGGAGAGGAGCAGCGGCUGGCAGAGGAUCCCUGGGAUCUCCUCGCCUUCCUCACGAUGGCGAGGACAAGGACGAGGGAGCCAGUGCUGUGAGGAUACCUCGGGGGGCUUCGGGGGGUAUCGGUACUCAGCACCUCACACCUUCCGCCAUUUUGUACAGGGCAGCUAUCACACGCAAGCAGAGGCGUGGGGUGUCAUCCGAAGAGGAGGAGGGUGAAGUUGACAGUGAGGUUGAGUUGCCACGGAGACGCCGUCCGACCAGCAUCACCAAGUGCCAGUCGGUUUCUACCUUCAGUUCAGAGAACCUCUCGGUGUCGGACGGCGAGGAGGGCCACACCACUGACCACUCCCACAGCGGCACGCCCGACGUGGUCAGCACGAACACGGACGACCGGUUGGACGACCGCAGCGAUGACCUCCUCUCCCAGGGCUCAGAGAUCCCAGCAGACAACACCGACCCCGCCCAGGCUUCUGACGGCCUGUCGGAGAGGGACUGCGCUCCGGGCCACAGCAAAACUCAGCUGGACGCCGGGCAGAAUCCUAAUGAGAGUCGGGCCUUGUGCGAUGAUUCUGACUGUGACAGUGCUGAGCUGGACCAGUCAGGCAGCGGAGAGCCCAGUCGGCCCCCCAGUGCCGGAGCGUGGGUGUCGCCGUCCCAACCCUAUCAGGGGUCUCCUCAGACGCCCCACACAGGACAUCCUCAGUAGAUCUCUGGACGUAAAAACAAAGACCUCCAGCCUCCCUGUAACGAGCAACCAAUCUGUCACCGAUCUGUCAGCGCAGUGCAUUACUGUUGCCAAGAAGGAUCACACCUACUCCAACACUCAGACAAUGACAAGUAGGCCUGUGGUGUCUCAUAAGUUUAUUGGCGGGCGAACCUGUAUCAGAUGACAUGGGACAUUUGGAGCAACACGACAGGUAUAAUCAGAUACUGUAUUUUGGCAGCUUGUGACCUCAGUUAAAUGUCAGUUAAGUUAAGUAGGGGUGUUUUUAGGAAAAAAAAUAGCUACCACGUUAACCUUAGGCACUAUGCCAGUUCAGCAAAAACCCAUCAUUAGAUGCGCACGCACGCACAAGAAGAUACUACACUCUUUAAAGUAGUCCUUAAAACACUUUAACCCUCACUCUGGGAGCAUCCUCCAUGAUUCUCCACACUCUAAUGCAUCAAAUACUAAUGGGAAAUAAUGUAAAUAUACAGUACGUACCACAAGAAAUGUCUAACUUUAUUUUAUAUGUAAGAUAAAAAUGUAAGACUAAACUGUAUGCAGCCCUGUGAACAAAUGCAUGAAUACAUGUUUAUAAUUUAUGUUUGAAUGUGUCCGUUUUCUAUUUUGUGAAAGUUUACACUUUUUUAAUCCUGAAAAUCUUACUUUAGUUAUCUACUUUUUUGUUAAAUAAAUGUCAGCAUCACAAAAGAAAAAAAAAUAUCUACAAUUAAUCGAACCAUCUUGAAAAUACUGAUUAUGAAGCAUAAACAGGGAUUUCAGUAGGUGAUACAUUAUUUGUUAACUCAUAUACAGAGUUUUAAACUCAUUUAUGACACCUAUAAGGUUUUUAUUGGGUUUGGCAAAUAAGCAAAAGAAGGAAGACUUUAGGGUUCACUCAAAAUUCACCUCUACCAUUUUAAACUUGACCUGGUUGACUAGUUAGGCACUACAAGCAUAAAAUAUCUGCACAGAAUCUUGUGUUUUUUUAUUUCAUCAAGUCUAAUUCAGUGUUCUAACAUAACUUUCUAUGAUGUUUAAUAAAUGUACUAAAUCUUUUUAUUUUACAGCCUUAAAAUAUUUUAGACAGGGAGAUAUAUCUUGUUUUUUCCCCAUCAAUUCUUCUAAGUUGUAAACAUUUGAUGCUAUUGUUAAUGACAACACACCUGUGCUAGCUGCUAAUGCUGACUAAAGUCUUUUAGGCCUGCUGAACUAAAUAAUUUAAACGUUUUUUAGCACUGCACUUUGUCCUUGGUGACCAAUAUAACAGUAAUAACAGUAAAUUGAGUAGGUUUGGAACUAAGAUAUGUUCUUUAAUUUUAUUUUCCCAAAUUCUUCUCCCUCUUAAAAUUUGCCGCUAACAUUAAUCACAACACAUUUGGUGCUGGAUGCUAAUGCUAAUGAAACAUUCUCUCUCUCUCUCUCUCUCUCUCUCUCUCUCUCUCUCUCUCUCUCUCUCU